CUUGUAAGUUGUAGUAGUACACGCACUCGUCUUCUCUGAAACUCUGAAAGGAGAGACCGCGCAGCAGAUUGCGAUCGGACGCUGUGCUCUUCUGCUUUAUCAUGUAUGGCAAUGCCAUCGCCACUCGUGGGCUGCCAUGAUGGGCACCAUACCGAGCGCUCUCUCAAAGAUGCUCUCAACGAGCCUUGAGGCCUGAGUAGUGAAUGAAGCAGCGUUGAACUUUGAAGAUGAUUGUGUGUGCUAAGGGGCUAUUGAAACCUUUUCAACGCUGCUUUGCAGCCGAUGAGAUUGCUUCUGUCAAGCUGCAAGUAAAGCACACAUAGUCUCAUGUGCACUUCCAACAUCUUCAAGUUCUCUGGGGCUACAUUCAAUCAAGCACUGUAGCACAUGGUUUCAAAUUUCAUGUUGCAUUUUUGAAAGUAUUGGCUGGUUAGAUAAGAAUGCUAGCAGCCACGUCCUUGCGAAUCCUGGGUCUCAGGAAAGGAUCUGGCGGCUGUGUAAAGUUGAACGCAAUGAUCACUACACCGGCGAUGCUUUCUGGGCAACAGUUGUUAAUCCCAGUGGGUGCAACAGUGGCCCAAGCAAAAUUGGGUUCCUUGAUUGGUGCUCCUCCCCAAUCUUAUGCACCACCCUCAAGGAUGGUCUCCAUUGAGGCCCAACUGAUCCAACUGAGCGUCGUUCUUUCCAAGACGGGACGUCGAUCAAGCAUUUUGGAUUCAAUGCCUACCCUCCACCCUCGUUCAUACCUGUGUCAGGCCACGGUGGUUGACUCAGCUGCUGAAGAGCAGGUGAUGGAGGACGCGUCCGGAACGGGCUGUGGUGGUGGUGGCACAGCAGUGCCAAGAAAAAAGCAGAGAGCAAAGGGCAGAGCCGAUGACGCAGUAUCUGCUAAAAGACCUGGAAGAAAGGUCAAAGAGAAGCCUGCCGCUUUGCCAGCCCACGACUCUGGGGCAGGAGAUGAAGUGAACGAGGAGCUAGACUCGUUCCUCAUUCCAAAUACUUCUCCCGCUCCUGUGGUCUUUGGUCCUGCGUCCAUGGUCCUGGGAGUAGACCCUGACAUUGGCGGGGCGCUGGCAGUGCUCCGCGGAUCAGUGGAGGAAACGCACGCCCAAGUUUUGGACGUCCCAAUCCUUCAUGUCAAGAUUGGAGCCACCAUGCGGCGGCGGCAUGACCCUGGCGCCAUGGCAGCGAUGGUCAGGGAACUGCAGCCGCCACCAGAAACGGUGGUGUACAUCGAGCAGCCACGGCCCUUCCCGCUGGAUGGGAAGCAGGGCUGGUACAGUGCGGGGUACGGCUUCGGCGUGUGGAUGGGCGUGCUGCACGCGCUGCAGCUGCAGGUGGUCCCCGUGCACCCCGCCAACUGGAAGCGCGCGCUGGGCCUCGCAGGCAGGGGGGUCACCAAAGAUGACAGCCGGGAGCUGGCCGUCAGGACUUUUCCCUCCUUGCUCAAGGAGCUCAAACGGAAAAAGGAUCACGGUCGCGCCGAAGCGCUACUCAUUGCCCAGCAUGGGCGAAUGCUUGCUGCCAAUCUGAAACCCCUCCAACGCGUCCCCCCUGACACUGACAGUGCACCCGCCGAAGAUAAAGCACUGAUCUUAGCCUAACCAGAUUGGGUCUUUGCAAUUAUGCGAGGGGUCGGAAGGUCGUCGAUUUUGACAUGCGUACGUUAGCUGUCGGAGGAUCUGUUGCUGCCAUCCCAGUCUAUAUUAAGCAGAAAUAUGGACGAUCCCUAUUGCGGGUCAGCAUGCGGAAGCGCUGGAUGCCGACCUGAUUCGAAAUAAACAGAGCAGGUACGUGACAGAUGCUUUCUCCGUACAUCUCAGCAUUUUAUGAGCUGGCAACCCGGCAAUCAUGUUCGCAGUC